AUGUUUGUUUCACCACCACCAGCAACUUCGAAAAACCAAGUUCUACAACGACGUUCACUCGAAACGGCCAGUAAUAGUCAUGGAUUUGCAAGCUCGUUGCAAGCAAUUCCAGAAAAUACAAUGAGUAGCAGUGACAAUGUCUCGUUUCAAAGCUUACCACUGUCGGCAAGUAGCUCCCAAUCAACAACAUCACCGAGAAGGGCGAACUUCGUGAAUGCGCCUCCAGAAUACACGGAUAGAGCUAGAGAUGAAAUUAAGAAAAGAUUAUUAGCCUCCACACCUAGCAGGAAGCCCCAUCAUUCCAGUGGAAUUCAUUCAACAAGUAGAUCCAGUGUGACUGAGAACGGGAGUCUACUCUCGGACAACGCCUCAUCUUAUCAGUCAAGUAUAUUUUCUGCCCCUUCCACAGUGCACACACAACUAACUAAUGACUCCUCUUUCUCAGAAUUCCCCAGUCACAAAUUAAUAACGAAGGUCAGUUUAGAUGAAGCCCUACCCAAAACGUUUUAUGACAUGUACUCGCCGGAUAUUUUGUUAGCAGACCCCUCCAACAUUCUCUGUAACGGGCGUCCCAAGUUUACCAAAAGAGAGUUAUUAGAUUGGGAUUUAAAUGAUAUAAGGUCAUUAUUGAUAGUCGAGAAACUAAGGCCCGAAUGGGGCAAUCAACUACCGGAGGUAGUAGCAGUGGGUAACAAUAUGCCCCAGUUCAGGUUGCAAUUAUUGCCGUUAUAUUCCAGCGACGAGACCAUAAUUGCAACACUGGUCCAUUCGGAUCUUUACAUGGAAGCCAACUUAGAUUAUGAGUUCAAACUUACUAGUGCAAAAUAUACUGUAGCUACUGCUAGGAAAAGGCAUGAACACUUAACUGGCAGAAGUGAAACUGUCAUGAACUUGUCCAAACCGGAAUGGAGAAAUAUCAUUGAAAACUACCUUCUAAAUAUAGCAGUGGAGGCACAGUGUAGAUUUGAUUUCAAACAAAGGUGCUCAGAGUAUAAAAAAUGGAAGCUACAACAGUCCAAUUUAAAAAGACCAGACAUGCCACCACCUAGCAUAAUACCGCGGAAGAACAGCACAGAAACAAAAUCGCUUUUGAAAAAGGCCCUAUUGAAGAAUAUUCAGUUGAAAAACCCCAAUAAUAACCUCGAUGAGUUGAUCAUGAGAUCAAGCACCACAUCAAACCAACAGUGUAAAAAUAAAGUUAGCUUGACUAAAGAAGAAAAGGCUACGAUAUGGUCGCAGUGCCAGGCACAAGUUUACCAAAGAUUAGGAUUAGAUUGGCAGCCGGAUUCGGUAUCUUGA